AUGGCGUCGACAAGUCACUCUGGUGUCAACUAUGGAGCCCAGGUGGGAAUCAAUUAUGGCACAUUCACGGCAGACUUUCAUCUGCCUCCGGAGCGGCCAGAAACUCCGCCCAGCCCUAUAUCAACUGUCCCAUUCACGCGCGAUCCAGACUUUGUCAGUCGUGACACACUGCUUGAUCAGAUCCAUAAGAAAAUUUCGGUCCCGGGUUCGGGGAUAGCACUUAUUGGCCUCGGCGGUGUUGGUAAAUCGCAACUUGCCAUCGAAUACUCCCAUCAAGUCCGAUCCGAAUCGCCGACAACAUGGGUUUUUUGGGUCUAUGCGAGUAAUAAAGCCCGUCUCGAGCAAAGUUUUAGGGACAUUGCGGACCAGGUUAAAGUCCCGGGUCGUCAGGAUCCCAAAGUUAACAUUUUCAAAUUGGUCGAAAAUUGGCUUCGAGAUGACAAGAUAGGAAAAUGGAUAUGUAUCCUUGAUAACGUCGAUGACGAUCAGCUUCUUUGCUCGGUUCCGGUGGCAGGCAAAGGAAAUUCGAUAAGAGGCCCAACGGACGCCUCGAAAAAACCACUGUUAGAAUAUGUCCCUAGAAGCCGAAAUGGAUCUAUCAUUAUCACGAGUCGGACUAGAGAGGCUGCAUUGAAGAUUGUCGAUCACAAGGGCCUUAUUGAGGUUAAGCCCAUGGAAAGGUCCGAAGCACUAGAGCUUCUCAAAAGAAAGCUUGAACAACCAAAGGAGAGCCAAGAAAGUGAACAGUUGGUGAACGCGUUGGAGUUUAUGCCGCUAGCGAUCGUACAGGCCGCUAGCUAUAUUCGAAACCGGGCGCCUCGCUACUCAGUGUCACAAUACCUGAGAGAUUUCCAAAGGAGCGACCGUGAAGCGACAAAGCUUCUGAAAAAAGAGGCAGGUCACCUCUACCGGGACUGGGAAGCUAAAAAUUCAAUUUUGGUGACGUGGCAAAUGUCAUUCGAGUAUAUACGCCAAACAAAGCCAUCUGCUGUGGAGCUGCUUUCUCUUAUGAGCUUUUUCGAUCGGGAAGGGAUACCAGACAAACUUAUCCGGCAUCAACCUAUGGCCUAUCACACACCAAGUUCAGUGCUUCUGAACGACUCCAGUGAUGGGGAGACAUCUGAAUCCGAUAUAGGACCCGAUUUUGAAGACGACGUCACAGCACUUAGAGAUUAUUCAUUCGUGUCUGUGAGCGAGAACGGCACUUUCUUCACGAUGCAUCGGCUGGUGCAGCUGACUACGCGAGCAUGGUUGAAAUCUCAUGGACAAAUAAACCAAUGGAGGGAGAAAUUCAUCAGCAAGUUGUGUGAAGAGUUCCCCACGGGUGAAUACGAAAACUGGGAGAGGUGCAGGCCGCUCUUUCCUCAUGUUAAAUCGGCAAUGUCACAGCGGCCAGCAUCACUGGAUUCUCUACGACAAUGGGCCACACUACUUUACAGAGGUGCAUGGUAUGCGUCGCAAAGCGGUAAUAUUGCAGAUGUAAGAGAAAUGGCAUCAAUGUCAAGAAAUCAAAGGAUGAUCUUAUUCGGUGAAGAGCAUGAAGAAGUUCUUGAUAGCACAAGCAUGUUAGCAACAGCAUACCGGCUUGAAGGUCGGUGGGAACAGGCCGAGCAGCUCGACAUGCAGGUAAUGGAGACUCGCAAGACGAAGCUUGGCGAGGACCAUCCCUCUACGCUGACGAGUAUGGCCAACCUGGCAUCGACAUAUUGGAACCAGGGCCGAUGGGAAGAGGCCGAGCAGCUCGACAUGCAGGUAAUGGAGACGAGCAAGAUGAAGCUCGGCGAGGACCAUCCUGACACUCUGUCAAGCAUGGCCAGCCUGGCGUCGACGUACCGGAACCAGGGCCGAUGGGAGGAGGCCGAGCAGCUCGAGGUGCAAGUAAUAGAGACGAGUAAGACGAAGCUCGGCGAGGACCAUCCUGACACGCUGAUGAGUAUGGCCAACCUAGCGUCGACGUACCGGAACCAGGGCCGGUGGGAGGAAGCCGAGCAGCUCGAGGUACAGGUAAUAGAGGCUCGUAAGACGAAGCUCGGCGAGGACCAUCCCUCUACGCUAACGAGUAUGGCCAACCUGGCAUCGACGUACCGGAACCAGGGCCGAUGGGAGGAGGCCGAGCAGCUUGAGGUGCGUGUAUUGGAGACGAGCAAGAUGAAGCUCGGCGAGGACCAUCCGUCUACGCUGACGAGUAUGGCUAACCUGGCGUCAACGUACCGGAACCAGGGCCGAUGGGAAGAGACCGAGCGACUCAACGUUCAGGUUAUGGAGACUCGCAAAAGAAAGCUCGGCGAGGACCAUCCUGACACUCUGUCAAGCAUGGCCAACCUCGCUUUUACCUGGAAGUCGUUAGGGCACGAUGCCGAGGCCAACACUUUACUACGAAACUGCCUAGUCAAACAGAAACAAAUACUAGGGCCAACCCAUCCAGACGCUUUAUCUAAUUCAGAAACGUUGCUGGAAUGGGGAAGGGAGGCUCUGAGUCGGAAUGGCUAG